AUGGCGGAUAUGGAUCAAAGAAAUCGGAUUGUGUUUCUAGGAGCCGGACGCGUGGGUAAAAGCUCUAUUUUGAAACGUUUUCUACACGGUACAUUCUCUAGUGAAUAUAAAGAAACAGUAGAAGACUUAUACAGUCGAGAAUAUGACGUUCAAGGAAAUCAUUUAAAGGUGGAUUUUCUUGAUACCGCCGGAAAUAUUGCCUUCCCGGCUAUGCGCAGACUAUCAAUAGCUAAUGCGCAUGCGUUCGUUCUAGUUUAUUCUUUAACAAAUGAAGCAACUUUUGUUGAGGUCAAACAGUUGUGGGAAAACAUCAAAGAAGUGCGUGAGAAUUACCAAGAGAUUCCGUGUGUCAUUGUAGCUAAUUGUAUUGACAUGGAGAAUAACCGACAAGUGGAGAAGUUCGACGCGUUAAACUGGGCAUACAAUGAUAAUCUAGGGGGCGCUUUCGUAGAGGUUUCUGCAAAGGACGACGAAUGUAUAACAGAUAUAUUCAAGAUUCUGUUUGAGCAAUUGAAAGUUCCACGUUCGAAACUACCGGAGAAGUUUAGUCUUCUGACACGACGGUUGAGCUCUCAUUCGUUGGAACAAUCGGACCAAGAAGCUGAGCCAAAAACACCGCCAGAGGAGAAGAAGUUUUUCAGGAGUCGAAGCCUGAUAAGAAGAGGAAGUAAGCCAAAAGUGAAAAGAUCGUCUAGGAAUAAAAACGACUGUGAAGUCUCGUAG